GGCAUGCAACAAUACAAUUAGCAUUGGUGGUCAAUUAAGAGAUCGAGUUUGUUUGACCGAUUAUUAUUUGUACAUAAUUAUUGACACGCUGUUGAUAUCAUACUUUUUAAAGUGCAUUAUAGACAUUUUGUACCAAAAGUAUACCCCAAACAUCCCCACCCCCUCCAUAACCACAAAAAAAGACCAUAUUUAUGGAGUACGUCAUCAUUAAUAAACCGACCCGAAAAAAUCCCCCCCAAUUUCACAUUAGGGCUCCGAACCACCAUUAUCUCCCUCUCUUUGCAAUCUCUGCAAUUCCUUCUCGAUUUGAGAAAUGCCGGCUACAGACUACCAAUCGUCGUUUUCCAACUUCGGCCGUUCGUUUCUGAGCAUGCGCCGCCGUGAACAGGCGGAGGAGACUCCCGACGAACAGCUCGAAGCUUUCCAGAUACGAGUCGCCGAUCGGCUCAACGACUUGUUGUCCGCGAGUUCAGAUGAUGUGCUCUCUCUUCCCUGGAUCCAGAAUCUGCUCGACGUCUUCCUCCGUUGCCUGGAGGAGUUCAAGUCCAUCGCCGUCGACUACAAGGCUCUCCUGAACAAGCCCCUUCUGGACAGAUUCGUCUCCGAGUACUUCGAGAGGAGCGUGAAGGCUCUGGACGUCUGCAACGCCAUCCGAGACGGAAUCGAGCAGAUCAAACAGUGGCAGAAGCAGUCGGAGAUUGUGAUCUGUGCACUGGAGAGCCAGAGAUGUCUCCGGGAAGGCCAAUUCCGUCGCGCGAGGAAGACCCUAGCGGAUCUGGCGGUUUCCAUGCUCGACGAGAAAGUCUCCAAUUCCUCUCUCUCCCAGCGGAACCGAUCUUUCGGGAGAAACAGCAAUAAUGGUAAGUCAUCGCCGGGCCAUUCCAGGUCCCUGUCCUGGAGCGUUUCCCGGAAUUGGUCCGCCGCCAGGCAACUCCAAGCCAUCGGAAACAACUUGGCUCCUCCCAAAACCAGUGAGAUCAUUGCCUCGAAUGGGCUCGCUCUAUCCGUCUCCACAAUGAGCCACUUGCUGUAUUUCGUGAUGUUCGCCCUUGUGGCCGCAUUCCCCUGCCAAGACAGGGGCGGCCUCAACGCAAAUAUCAACCCGUCCAAGUUUUCCUGGUCCGCCCCACUCCUUGCCCUUCACGAGAGGGUCCUCGAUGCCUCGAAGAAGAGGGACCGCAAGCGGAGCUCCAACUCCAACUCCAACUCCUCUUGGGGGCUGUUGAAGGAGCUUCAGGAGAUGGAGAGGUGCGCCAGAGGGUUGAACGAGUUGGCGGAAACGGCGGAGUGUCCCCCGGCGGAGGGGGAGGUGAAGGGGAGUGUGGGUGAGCUUAGGGUAGCGGUUGCCUCUCUGAAGAGUGGAUUGGACCCUUUGGAGCGGCAGGUCAGGGAAGUGUUCCAUAUGAUUGUUCGCUGCAGGACUCAGGGGCUCGACUCUUUUGAUCGUUCUCUUAAGCCCAUUUAUCAUAAUGCUUAAUUUUUGGUUUUGUUCCUUCACAACGCGGGGGUUAUUUUUCCUUCUUUUCUUGCCUGAUCCAUAUUUAAUUACGGGUAAUUACGUACUAGACUGAUGUCAAUGGUAUAUGUGUUGUGUAAAGAUAACAGCAAAAAACUUUUAAUUAGUUUCGAGUGAUUAAUGAAAAAGAAAAAAGCUCUGAGCAAUGCUAGGGGUACACCUUUCACCAAAAGGUGUACCCCAAAUGUACACCACCUCUUCUCCAUCAUAUAUUUUUAUUUGAUUUUUAUUUACUUAUUUUUUUUAAAUUUUUUUGCCUUUUUUAGUGGACAAAGAGGGGUGGGGGACAUAUGAGGUACACUUUUGGUGUACCCCUAGCAUUUUUCAAAAGCUCUUUGAACGGUCAAAGCCCCCGCCGCCUGCACCAUUUCCACCCAAAACAAAUAAAAUACCGAGUAUUUA